UGCCACUGAAGCCCAAGCUGAAAACUUACAAAAAGACAAUAUGACACAAGAAAUUAUUGAAUCUCAGGAAUUAUCAAAUACUCAAGACAGAGAAACUAUGACCGACUCCAUCAUAACUGCAGAAAAAUCUGUGCGAGUAAAAUUAAAAGUGAAUGUGCAUCAUAGGAGGAAAUAUGUAGAAACAAGAGGCCAAAAACAAGUGUUUGUACCUCUCCAAUGAAUAUAUCUACAACAUCUUGUUCCACUUCACCCUUCAAGAUUAAACCAUGUCAUCUUCGACCAUCACACGCUGGAACUGUUGAAGCUGUUGAAGAUGAAAAAUCUGGUGAUGGUAUUUCCUGUUUUGAAAGUGGUUCACAUUUAUCACCUUUUGUAGUUACAUCAUCAGCAUCCGAUAUUAAUAUGACAGAAUACCAAUGAGAGUAUUGAACAAUUAGAGUACCUCAAAAUUUCAAUGAAUUUAAUUCCCAAGACGUCUUUGAUGUACGUUG